AUGGAGAGUUGUGUCGCUUUGCGCGACUCAGCGGUUUGCCGUCUGCGUAUUCCGAAGGCGACUCGGCGUGGAUCAUGGCUCACUACGAGGAAGUGAACGUCCGCGGCUACGACGAGUUCUGCAAAGCUGUGGCUGAGAGGAAAGGGAAAGACAUUUUUGCUUAUUUCUCCGGCGACAAAGACGCCGAGGGCAAGAGUUGGUGCCCCGACUGUGUGAAAGCCGAGUCCGUUGUGAGGGGGGUGAUGCGGAACCUUCCGAAGGGCUCCGUAUUCGUCUACUGUCAAGUUGGCGAGAGGGCGUUCUGGAAGGAUCCAAAUAAUGAUUUCAAGAAGGUAUUGAAGCUCAGUGGAGUUCCAACUCUGCUGCGAUAUGGCACACCUCAGAAGUUGGUGGAAGAGGAGUGCUUCAAAGCCGACCUGGUGAAUAUGAUGUUCACCGAGGUCUGACGGAUCAUACACUACAUGGCUGUGCAAUUUGGUCAUCAGGAAUUCAAGAUUGAUUUACCUUUGUCUCACGACAUAUCUCAUUUACCAGUGUCCAAAUUCAGCAUUCGUGUGCCAUAGAGGAAAGGCAAUCCAUUAACCUGUGCCACAAAGUUCGGUUCUCGCUGAGUUUUUCCUCUGAAUAGUGAAGAAUUAUUAAUGUUGUAAAGCCUUAUUAGUAAUGUGCAAUAAUCCAGUUGUCCUUUUGUUAACUUUGAAGUUCUAUGUGUGAAAUAUGUUAAAGAAAUGCAUACGAAUUUAAAGUUUAAAAUGUACACCACCCUUACAAACCCUUCAUUUGUGAUUGCGCUUUAAAGCCAACAAAGGCAAAUAAAGGAAACCUGUCUUUAGAUUUUUUUUCUCCUUCCAUUUGCUUUUUUGUUUUGUUUUUUUUUCUAUGUGAGCAUUGUUAAUUUGUACUGGACCAAAAAAUAAAUAAAUAAAUAAAUAAAUGGUGGCUGCCCAACGAUUGUUGCAACAACUGCGUUUCUGCGUAAUGUUUAAAAUGUACACAACCCUUUCAAACCCUUCAUUUGUGAUUGUGCUUUAAGACCAAGAAAGACAAAUAAAGUAAAUAUCUCUUUA